UUUGAAGAGAAUAAAGGUGUGCAAAUCAGCAUGGUAGACCUAAUGCCGAUAUCUUACCUCUAGAUCGACACGCUGAUUGUAGCCUUCGCCAACCUUCACGGUGACGAUGACCAUGGUGUUGUCGCCAACAUGUUGAGACAGGCACUUUCUGUGUGCGAAAGCAGUGGAUGAUGGGAGUGCUUCUAGGUCAAAUUUUAUUGCGCUCACAAGACAUGCUACUAAUGACAGCAGCAAAAAUGCAGAGAAUCGCAACAUGUUAGAGUUUGAAAGCCGAAUGCUUUGCUUGGACGACUGAGUAUGCCUUUUCUGUAUUGGUCCCUGCUAUAGCAAAAAAUGGCGCGCGCUCAUUGGCCGAAUUGCUAACCCGCUUUUCCAUGCUGCACUUCCUUGUCAAAGCAAUUACGCCGUCGGUGACCAGGAGGCUCCUAUCAACUACUGCUAUAGAGCAAGGAAAGAAAGCGGCUGCUUAUAGAGCUGUUGACGAUGUUGUUCAUUCUUCUCUAUCAGUCAUUGGAAUUGGCUCGGGAUCCACCAUUCGGUAUGCGGUAGAUCGGAUCAAAGACCGCCAGGACCUGGCCCACGUUACAUAUAUUCCGACAAGCUUUCAAAGUAGGAUGCUGAUACAAGAAGCCAAUUUGAAACUCGGUAAUUUGGAGCAACAUCCAGCUAUAGAUGUUACUAUUGAUGGUGCCGACGAAGUGGAUAGUCAACUAAACUGUAUCAAAGGGGGAGGUGCAUGCCACCUGCAGGAGAAGAUCAUUGCAUCCGCUUCCAAGCGAUUUAUUAUUAUUGCUGACGACAGAAAAAAAUCCGACACUUUAGGAGAGAAUUGGACAAAGGGAGUGCCUAUCGAAGUACUGCCAAUGGCAUUUUCCGUGAUACUGUUGCAUUUUAAAACAUAUUUUCCUUCAGCAACACCAAAACUUCGCAUGGCUAGUGAAAAGGCAGGACCAGUUGUCACAGAUAAUGGAAACUUCAUCAUCGAUGUGCAUUUUGGUCCUAUAUCUUCUCCAUCCGACCUAGAAAAUAAGCUAAUCAGAAUACCUGGUGUUAUCGAAGUCGGAUUGUUUUGUAACCUGACUGAUAGUGCUUACUUUGGAUCCUCGGACGGAAGUAUACAUGUGGAAAACAGAGGAUAAGUCAGUCUGCUCAAGUAUUAUGUUGUCUCCCCCCACACUAGUUUAUUGUAAGGAAAUAUCGAGAGAGGAGAAUGUGCAAUAUUCUGAUAAGUGAGAACAAUUCGUCUAGAA